CUCCCAUACACCCACUUCUUGAACCGAUCAAUCACGAUGUCCUUCCAGAAUGUCAGCAAGGCUUCGGCCGAGGUUGGUCGCUCCGGCCAGCUCUCUCGCGGCCGCUUCACCCGCAACGCUUCUGCUGGUCUCGCCAGUCGCCUUUCCCUCACCAACGGCCAAUCGACUUCGGGUCAGCCUACUGGUGGUAACAGCAAUUUGGAUGUCUCUGAGUGUCUCUCUCCCAUCUCACCGCUCUUGCCCAGCGUCUACUCGGCUUGCUCGGUUCCUAGUAGUGGUGUGCUCACUGGCCUUGACUCUGCUGUCGACUUGUCGCCAACCACCCCUACGGCGGUCUCUGGCGCUGAUUCUGUUGAGACUGCUGCCAUGACCCCUACUGACAAAACUAUAUCUUCUGCUGCCAAGGAUACUGCUGCUCGUUGUGUCACCAAUGGCACCGGAGCUGGCAUCAACGCUGAUCGACCUUCAACUCCCGCCAUGAACAUCAACGCUGCGGCUGCCAAUGUCAACCGUGGUACUACUGAGCGAUCUCCGCGAACUCCUAUCACCAUCAUGGUUCGCAACGUCCCCUACGAUGGAGAUCAGAUUGCUGUGAUGGGUAAAACACUUGCCGAAGCUCGCCGCGAUGGUGACUUCCCUGACACUCGAUCUCCUGUCUUUGAUCCUGAGAUCAUUGUCCAUGAUUACCAGCUUCUUCAGCAUCUCCGCGAGCUUCGAGGCGACCCCACUGUCUGGCCUCGCCCUCAAGAGUACAACGCAGCCUUUGUCGAAGUCACUCGCAUCAUUCAACAACGCGAUGCCAACAUUCGAGAGGAAGUUCGUGAUGCCAACGUGCACGACCGCGUUAACAGCUUUGUCCAUGAUGAGAAUGAUCGAGCUGAGCAGUACAAUCUCAUGCGUCAAGCAGUUGCCCAGGCCCUUCAGCAGCAACGGGCCCCCAACGGCCUGCAAGGCGUUGACGGCAUAGCUCUUCUGAACGAGCUUCGUGGGGCUGUUGCAAAUAUGGCUGCUCGAGGUACUCAUGGCGUGAAUGCAUUCAACAUGGAAGCCGUUGAAGAGGAGGUAUUUGGAAUAAUUGAAGCCGCGAUGCUGGAUGCUGCCGGCCCUCUACGUCUAAAUGUCAACAACAUGACAGGCCAAGUCAACGCCAUGACUGGACAAGUAAAUACUUUGAGCCAGAACGUGGGUGCGAUGAACAACCAUGUCAGUGCGAUGAACAACCAUGUCAGUGCGAUGAACAACCAUGUCAGUGCGAUGAACAACCAUGUCGGAUCUGUCGGCAACUAUGUUGCCGCUCUCGGUACUUUUUUGAACACCAUCAACAACAACGUUAACUUGACCCAGAACCACAUGGGCCAACUGACGAAACAGGUAAACACGCUUGAGAACGUUACUGAGAACGUUACCAGCGUUAUUCCCGCAUUGGUUCAACAGGCCAUUCAGCAGCAUCUCAACGCCGCCAUUCAAGAUGCUCUUGGUCCGGCACUUAUUGCUGCUCUUCCGAUCGCUGCUGGCUCCAGCAAGGGCCUCAUUUUUGACACUCCUUCCGUCGGCAUUUCCGAGAAGUCUGACAGCAAGAAGACCGAAAACAGGACUAAGAAGGCUGGUUUUUUCACACGCUUAUGCGGCAAGUUCUCCCGCAAGGAUGGUCGCAAGGAUGCCAGCUGUGGUUCUCCUACCAUGGCUUUCUAA